GUCCGCAGUGCACGCGAGGCCUGCUGCCAGUGGAAGAAAGCGCUUUCAAUACGGUGAGGUCAUGUUAUCUAAACCAGCAGCAGAAUAAGCGCUAUUAAUAAUCGAUACAGCCUUCACCACAUCAUUUCUGAAGAGUCCGGGUAUUUAAGUGGCAUUUAGGAUACAGGGAGUGUUUAUAUUUCAAUCGUUGCAGGUUUGUAAAAGUCUGCCUCGUUCGGAUGCUCACACAUCGGCUUCACCAUGAACAAAAAUAAGCGAGAAAAAGAAUUCUACAGCGUAGAUGUGGGCGAUUCAACAUUCACAGUGUUGAAGCGGUAUCAGAAUCUAAGACCCAUUGGCUCGGGUGCUCAGGGAAUAGUCUGCUCAGCGUAUGACAACAACCUUGAGCGAAAUGUGGCUAUAAAGAAACUCAGCCGGCCUUUUCAGAAUCAGACUCAUGCUAAACGUGCUUACAGAGAGCUGGUGCUCAUGAAGUGUGUCAACCAUAAAAAUAUAAUAGGCCUGUUAAAUGUUUUUACACCACAAAAGACAUUAGAAGAAUUCCAAGAUGUUUACCUAGUAAUGGAGCUGAUGGAUGCCAACCUCUGCCAAGUCAUUCAGAUGGAGCUGGACCACGAGCGGCUGUCCUAUCUGCUGUACCAGAUGCUGUGCGGAAUAAAACACCUCCACUCGGCGGGGAUCAUCCACAGGGAUCUGAAACCCAGCAACAUUGUGGUAAAGUCAGACUGUACCCUGAAGAUCCUGGAUUUCGGUCUGGCCAGAACAGCAGCUACGGGUCUGCUGAUGACACCAUAUGUGGUGACACGUUACUACAGAGCCCCUGAAGUCAUCCUGGGAAUGGGAUAUCAAGCCAAUGUGGAUGUAUGGUCUGUUGGCUGUAUCAUGGCUGAAAUGGUCAGAGGUAGUGUGUUGUUUCCAGGUUCAGAUCAUAUUGAUCAGUGGAACAAAGUCAUAGAGCAGCUGGGAACACCGACCCAAGAGUUCAUGAUGAAGCUCAACCAGUCUGUGCGGACAUAUGUGGAGAACAGGCCGCGGUACACUGGAUACAGCUUUGAGAAGCUCUUUCCUGACGUCCUGUUCCCUGCUGAUUCAGAACACAACAAACUGAAAGCGAGCCAGGCGCGGGACCUGCUGUCUAAAAUGCUGGUGAUAGAUGCAUCGAAACGAAUCUCUGUGGAUGAAGCUCUGCAGCACCCCUACAUUAACGUGUGGUACGACCCAGCUGAAGUAGAAGCGCCACCUCCUUUAAUCACAGACAAACAGCUCGAUGAGAGGGAACACACAGUGGAGGAAUGGAAAGAGCUGAUCUAUAAAGAAGUCCUGGAUUGGGAGGAACGGAUGAAAAACGGUGUCAUUCGAGGUCAGCCUUCCCCUCUAGGUGCAGCAGUGAUCAAUGGCUCACCCCAGCCCUCCUCCUCUUCCUCCAUCAAUGACGUCUCCUCCAUGUCCACAGAGCCCACCGUGGCCUCAGACACAGACAGCAGCCUGGAGGCCUCCGCGGGACCCCUGAGCUGCUGCAGAUGACUAUCACCUUCGCCUGGAGUUUCUCUGUGUGUGGCAUGGUAUCAGAUUUAGGCCAGUCUAACACUUUAUUUCGGGUCGGGUAUGGCUUUUUUGAGUUCCGCUCUAGAUGCUGUAAAUGACUACACAAUUUUAUCUUUUUAGCGACAGCCCUAACAGGCUUAGCCAAUGAUGGUGAACUCCUUAACAAAUCUCUUCUUUUAUAAGCUACAUUUAGAGUAUUUUGUCAUGUUGUCGUAGAGUGAUUUUGGAAGGUAAUCUGUAAAGAUUGAAUUAUGUGAAUAUAUUUUCACAAAAUUAAUUUAUUUUGAGUCUUUUAUUUUCCUGGUCAGUGUAUAAUUUUCUCGGUCACUUGGGAUAUGGAAAUCUUUAGAAACAAGUCCAUAUUAGUAUUUUAAAAUGGACAUAACCAUAUUGCACAAAUUAAUAUCAGCAUAGUUAUGUAAGUACGUUUUAACUUGCCUGAGAUGGCUUUUUCGGAGUCAUGUUUUCCAUCUUUGCGCGCAGCACGUUUUAUUUAGAUUUUGUACAGUUUCAUUUAGAUAUGAACUCACAACAUCAAAAAAAAUAUUUUUAUAUGUACAUCGAUUUAUUUUACCAGGCUAUUAUUUGUUUUUUCAUAAAUAGUUUUGCUGCUGGUUAAUUACCUGGUUGACUGUGAAAUGUGACGUGCUUGUGCGUAUGUCUCUGGUGUUCUAGUUCUUGUUCUAGUCCUAGUUACCUAGGAUUUCAGCACCUUUUUAAUUUUUUCUAAUUAUAAAAAAAUUGUUUUACCCCUUCAAAAUCUGCAUAUAGAACAAGCAGUGUGCUUCAUUAGCUUUGAUUGUAUCAUUGCAUUCUCUAAUAAGGGUUGUUUCAUGACAUUUUCUGAGCUGGUAGAACAAAUGUUUUACAGUUAUUUUAUUAUUUGGAGCGCCAACAAAAGUGUCUACACUGAUUCAUUUCUAGCAAAUUCCAUUAGAGUUAUUAAGCUACUUAUUUAUUUUUGUACAACAGUGAAAUGAACCAGAUUUGAAAAUAAUUUAUCUCUGGAUCGGUUUUAGUGUUUUUUUUCGUUUCCCCCGUCAGGUUUGCAGGUCUUUAAUGGCAUGAGAUGUGCUGUAAAUGAACAGGACCUACUGUAUUGGGGAUUGACCUACUGUAUGUAUGUACUUUGUAACUUGCAACAUUGAAUACUGUCGAGUUCCACACAUUAUUUGAUAAAAAAAAAAAGUUUAAGAUAUUUCAGGGAAGUGGGAUUCUUUUACAUUUGCUUUUGAAUGUGACGGUGAGAGAGAAUGUUGAAUAGGCCUGAAGUUGUGGAGUAGAAAGAGGGAAUCUGAAUGUUGUUGGCAUUGGAUUGAUUUACCUGUGAACAGGGUAAAGAACUAAAUAUUUUGCUAUUUCUUUAUAUUGUUGUUUUGUUUUUAAGUGCUCUUAACAGCCCUACAUACUUGCCUGGGAAGCCUGAGCCUGCUGUAACUGCAAAAAGCAAAAGCUUCUGAACAUGUGAUAUGUUUUAGGCACGAAACACAAGAGCCGUUCGAAGGUCGAGUCAGAACUACCUCACAUUGAUGCCAUACAGCUCACAUUUUACAAGUAUUACUGUAACCUUUAUUUCGUUUUAUUUAUUUAUUCAGAAAAAAUAGGAGUGUUUAAGUGUCUGUAUAGUUUGAAUCUGUGAGAAUGUACUGUAUGUAUGUGUAUACAAUUCAACGAGUGUGUCUUCGUUUAUUUUAGACUGUGUUUUUUGUUUUCUUCAGCUUAUGUGCUGUAACUCUCAAAGCUGAACAAUGAACCAUGUUAUUUCAGACUCGACAACUAUGCGAAAAUGUUUGGAAGGGUUCUGUCCAUGUUUCGAGGAAAAAGAAAAGAGAAUAAUAAAAAUGGAGAGGAAAAGUUUUCUCACCCCCGAUCUCAAUGAUGGGCGGUAUCUUGCAUGACCUGCUUAGCAUUUGAUUUUAAGUCCAAAACACUGUACAAGAACUAUAAGAUCAUGGUGCUGGGUUUAUUAGAUUUCACAAACCAAUGCAGUUGUUUUAUAUUAGGGUUA